AAAUCUCUGCUCGCACCCCACCUGGGGAGUAAAACGAUUCGACCCUCAUGGGUCUUUUAUUGACAUACAGAAAAACACUUGUGCAGUCAUCUGAUACCACGUGUUGUUGUUAUCAUUUUAUUCAACAUGAAGUUAUUCUGCAAUUGCCUAAGAUCGAGUGGGCGCACAGGUAUUAUUGCAUCAGAGGAAGAGAAUACGCCUAUAGCAGUAGAAGAAACAAAUUCCGGAAACUAACAUUGUUGUGUUUGACCCCAUUGACGGAUCUGCCAACAUUGAUACCUCUUUAACCACAGGAUCCGUCUUCGGAAUUUAUGGGCCUGACCAACAAUGCCUCGUAGACUUGGAUGAUGAUUCAACGGUAACUUCUGCAGGAUUUAAGUUCAAUCAUGCAUCUUCUUCAUAUAGCACAAUUGCCGCCUUCUUUCUAAGUUAAGAUUUUGACAAUGGCCAGCUACAUGAGGCAAAGCAGAAGUGCAUCGUUAGCGUCUGCCAGCCAGGGAGCAAUUUGCUUGCAGCAGGAUACUGCCUGUAUUCAAGUUCAGUGGUCUUCACACUAUCAGUUGGAAAGGGAGUUUUUGCAUUCACACUGGACCCAGCAUAAGGAGAAUUUGUUUUGACGCAUGAGGAUAUCAAGAUACCAAAUUCCGGCAAGAUCUAUUCUUCCAACGAAGGAAACUAUUAUGAUCUAUGGGAUGACAACCUAAAGAAAUACCUUGGCCACCUCAGGAAGCCUGGUCCUAACGGCAAACCAUAUUCUGGCCGUUACAUAGGCUGUCUUGUCAGGGAAGUACAUCGAAUGCUGUUAUAUGGUGGGAUUUACGGUAACCCUAAGAAUAAGAACAGCAAGAAUGGAAAUUUAAUAAGGCUUUUGUAUGAAUGUGCACCAAUGAGCUAUUUAGUUGAACAAGCUGGAGGGAAAGCAAUAGACGGUUCCCAGAGAAUACUUGACAUCAUGCCUGUGCAGAUUCAUCAGCGAACUCCAAUUUUUAUUGGAAGCCCAGAUGAAAAUGAUAAACUGGAGAAAUACUUGUUUUCGGAGUUGGAAGCCUAGAAACCCAAAAUUCCU